CGACGGUUGGUGAACAAAUGUUGUAUGAAAUAUUAGACCCUGGCGCAUAUAUUUUGCCUGAUGUAAUUUUGGAUUUAAGAAAUGUAAAGUUGAAGCAAGUUGACGAAAAUAAAGUUUUAGUUACUGGAGCAAAAGGUAGAGCGCCAACAAAGUACUUGAAAGUUUCGGGAAUUUAUUUAGAUGGGUAUAAAAUGACUGGACAAUUAGUUAUUGGUGGCAUUGAUGCUUGGAGAAAGGCAGCAGCUGUCGCACACGCCAUCCUUACGAAGACGCGCGUACUGUUUACUAAACUUGGAUUGAGUCAAUAUCGAAAUGUUAACGUCGAAGUAUUGGGAGCUGAACAUACUUAUGGUUCAUCACGACGAUUUAAACGCCUUAAAGUAUUUUGGGAUGGAACUUGCUCCUCUACUAGCAUGGCACCAGGAAUUACUGGAAGCGGAGCUGGACGUCCGCAUCCUUCACCGUGUCUUGUACACUUUGCAUGUCUGAUAUCAAAGGAUUUAGUUCCAUCGUUUAUUACUGUUGGAAAUAAAUUAGCACAAACUGUAAUUUUUGAUGGUCCUACUCAUAAUGGCAAUACAAUACCACCACCGUUACCAGAAUUUUCAAAUAAAGUGUAUGACGAAAUUAGCAGUGGUGCUAUGAUUAAAGUACCUUUAAUAAAAUUGGCAUGGGGAAGAAGUGGAGAUAAGGGUGAUGUUUGUAAUAUUGGAAUAUUGGCACGUGAAUCCAAAUACUAUCCAUUUUUGAAAAUUUCAUUGACUGAAGAGGCCGUCAAAGAUUAUAUGAUCCAUUUGUGUAAAGGAGUAGUUAAGAGGUAUAAAUUACCUGGUUGUAAUGGGUUGAAUUUUGUGUUAACUAGAUGUCUAGAUGGGGGAGGAUUAAGCUCUCUGAAUGUUGAUAAGCAAGGAAAAACUUAUGCUCAAAUGUUAUUAAGUUUUAAAGUUGAUGUACCAUCAAGUUUUUUCGCUAAAUUAUAG